AUGGCUGUGAUGACUAGACCGGUCGCCAUGAUGCGGGUGGGUGCUGGGGAGAAGCUCCUGUCCAGCCUCUCAAAGAUAGAUCCACUUAAGAGGCUAAAGAACUUUCGAAAGUGUUUUGCACAACUAUUGUGUUCAUUUAGAUGGAAGGAGCUAGAAACAUUCGGUGAAAAAAAAUUUGGCAGUUUGAUUGUUGAGAACUUAGAUGCCUCAAAGGUCAUUGGUCACCAUUGUGUCAAAUUUCUUUUAGCCAGUGAUUGCCAAUAUUUUGCAAAACUUAUCCUGAACAUCACAUAUUCUCCUUUAAAAAGGAUCAUGUCAGGAAGGGUACGGGUUGUUGGAGGCUUGCGAGAAAAGGCUCUCGGUUCUGGAGCUGGAAAGCACGUGGAAAUGCUGGAGAGUGUAGCGGGUUUCCCGACGAAAGCUCGUGCAAAUGCAACCGAAACCAUGGCGGACAGAGUGCGACCGUUGCUGCUGACACUAACAUUUCAGGUUUCAGCAGCUAUCCUCUGGAAUAGUAAUUACUACAGCACUUCUAAUCAACAGCCCGGGUAUAAUCGGUUCACCGUGUUCCUUGCUCCCCCGUCGUAUCCAAACCCAUACGAAGCCUUCACUUUCUGCUCGUGGAUGAUCUAUAGUACAACCGGGAACAGCCUGACCCUCACUUGCCAAGUGUUUGACCUGCAGCCGAGCGGACAAUGUGGCACAGGAGCGUAUUUUUCCGUUGACGACGGCCUUCAAAAUACGCGGAGCAUGCUGACGUCAGCAUACCAUUCACAGCUGAAUCAACUGAGAGGGGCGACCGGGAGUUCUGCGGAGGUAACGCUGCCCCUCAACAGGUUACCUCGUCGAGUUCCUUCCUCAGCGUGCUAUUCUGGAGCGGCUCGGGCGGGGGCAGGAACCUACACGGGCUUCUACUGCACUGUAUCGCUUCUCUCGUCGAUUUCCCCUACCUUGCCGCCAGGAGUAAUUACUACGCCGUCUACUACUACAUGUCGUUGCGGACGCCGGGGCUCGGGGGCUCGCGUGGUUGGGGGCGAGAAUGCCUCGCUGCACGAAUUUCCUUGGCAGGCGCUUGUCAUCUUGCCCAACGACAACAGCUUCUGUGGCGGCGCCCUCAUCAACGAGCGCUUCGUCCUCACCGUCGCUCACUGCCUCCUCCCGCCGGAGUUACCAACCGGUUCGUUGCCGGAGGUGGUGUUGGGCGAGCACGACCGCAGCACGACCUCCGAGACAAGCAUAACUCGGAGGGUGAAGGUGAAGCGCCUGUGGCCGCACGAGAACUACGACGAAGGGACGUCUCGCGACAACGACAUCGGCCUUAUCGAACUCGAGGAGGACGUGGUCUUCGACAGGGUGGAAAUAGCGCCGGCGUGUCCACCCGAGGCCAGUAACAGCUAUGAAAAUGUGGAUGCUGUGAUUACUGGCUGGGGUUUAGACGAUAGCGGCCAACUCCCCAAUAUACUCCAGAAGGCAGAGAUAAGAGCAAUCCCCUUAGCCACAUGCAGGGCCCAGUACUCCAGCAGCGCCAUCUCCAACAACAUGAUCUGUGCGGGGGCGGCUGGGCGAGAUUCCUGUUUGAGUGACAGCGGCGGCCCACUGAUAACCUUCAACGGAGCUUCGUGGACCCUGAUAGGCCUCGCUUCCUUCGGCCCUGUGCCCUGUGGCGACCCCGACCGCUUCGGAGUCUACACCAGAGUAGGGAAUUACAUUCCCUGGAUAAUCAACAAAAUAGGCAACGCUCGCACAUGUCUGCCGUGAACCACCAUUAUCUGUUGAUUGUGCUCGUCGAAUAAACAGGGUCGUCAAGAGGCAGUUAAUUAAUUAUGUGUUUCUAUCGUUAUUUCUGUUUAUAAGAGACCAAACUGUGUCUUUGAUCGUAUGAAGGCGAUAAAGGGAAUGGAAAAUUAGAAAAAAAAUAUAUAUUUCACCUUAAUUGUCUCUUGGCAUCAGUCCUGUGAAAUCACUUGUUAUCUCUGUCGUACUGUUUCAUCUGAAAUGUUUUAGAUAUCUUUUACACAAUUGUUGUAAUAUCCUUUAUGUACAAGAUUUAAUAAAGUAUCCCUGAUAAA